AUGGCUACCACCACACCCAACCUCGUGCUUGGCAUGUUUUGUGUUGGAGAUUUAUCUACCAUGGCCACAGUUCGAUUCGACAAGCCCGAAAAAGUCAAGGACCUCCUCGACGCGUUUGCAGCCAGGGGAUACGACCAUCUCGACACGUCACGCAUGUACGGCGCGUCCGAGGACCGUAUGGGCGCGGUAUCAGCGGGUGAUCGGUUCACUAUUGAUACAAAGGUCACAUCCUUGAUACCCGGUGCGCACACCCGCGACAAGGUCCUCCGGGAGAUCGACGCCUCGCUGGAGAGCCUCAAGAUCCGCACGAUCAACACUGAGUACCUCCACGUCCCUGAUCGGGACACAGAUCCUUUAGAAGCAUGCGAGGCGGUGAACAAGGCCUUCAGGGAAGGCAAGAUCAAGCAAUGGGGACUAUCAAACUACACCGCGGACGAGGUGGAGGACUUUGUGAGGUUGUGCGAGAAGCAUGGCUACGUGAAGCCUAGCGUAUACCAGGGACAUUACAACGCGGUUGUCCGAAGCAACGAGGAGAAGCUCUUUCCGGUGCUACGAAAGCACGGCAUGGCAUUUUAUGCGUUUAGUCCGGCGGCUGGUGGAUUGUUUGCCGGCAAUCAUCGAAACGUUCGGCCAGGCAGUCGCUUUGACCCAUCGCAUGGCCCCGGGGCUCUCUAUGCGGGAUUUUAUUUGAACCCUUGUAUCUUGAAUGCGGUCGAGGAAGCUGUGUCGAUGGCGUCCAAGUACGGGAUCAGCGGACAUGCGGCAUCGCUGCGCUGGACGGCGCAUCAUAGUGCCCUGUCCAGGGCUCAUGGGGACUCUGUCAUCAUCGGCGUCUCCAGCAUGGAGCAGCUGCAUUCAAACAUUGAUGCAAUUGAGGCAGGCCAACCUGCCUCGGCCAAAACAAAGCGCAAGGCGCACUCCCAUGCGGCUCGGGCUGCGCACGCUCGAGCCCGCAGGCUCGAGGUCAAAAGGUACACUCAGCAGCGGACCUUGACCCACAGUGAGCACAAACUCUUCCAUCACUACAUCACCAUAGUCUUUCCUGGUCUCAACGCCACCUGCCCUGUACUGACGCAGGUAUCCUCUGGAGCGCGGAGUCUAGCUGAGAAUUGGCUACUGUUCUCGUCUACAAGCUUCCAUUUUCUGAGAGGGUUCCUGCUGUCCGCUUGUCGGCAUCUGGCCAUGGCAUAUCCGGAGGCAGGGUACGAGAACGUUGCUCAGCAGUACAAAUGGAGAUACAUCCGGGCUCUUCAGCAAGAGUUGGCUGUGGGCCACGGUCUUAUAUCUGCCGCUACGGCUACGCUUGCGAUGGUCCUCGUCUUUGACGACAUCUCGAUAGGAGACUUUGCAACAGCAGCGCAGCAUGCCAUGGGCGUCGUUCAGAUAGUCCAUUCUGUGGGAGGUUUCGCGUCCAUGGAGAAGAUGGGAUCGUUCGUCCGGUACAAUCUGCUAAAUUGCGCACUGGGCGAUGAAAGUCUACUUUUUAGUAGUUUCACUUGA